CUAAAGCGUCGCUCGUUUCUGCGGUUUUCGUUGAGUGUCCGGGGGGAAGGAGAAGGAAGAUGGAAGGGAAUAGGGACGAGGCGAUAAAAUGUAUUAAUAUAGCGACCAAAGCGCUGGAAGCCGGGGAUAAAGAAAAGGCGUUGAAAUUCUUGAACAAGGCGGAGAAGCUGUAUCCGACCGAAAAGGCGAAGGCACUGCUGGAGGCACUGAUGCAGAAUGGCAGCUCGGCAGGAAAUGGGACCCGCUACAGGAGGCCUCCGGACACCCCUGAAGGUGGCCAGUCCAAGCCCCAGAGUGAGAGCCAUGAUGUUGGCGGAGGAGAGUCAGCCAAGAGCUUCACUAGAGAUCAAGUGGAGGGUGUGCAGAGGAUAAAGAAGUGCAAGAAUUACUACGAGGUGCUGGGCAUCGGCAAAGACGCGAGCGAUGAGGAUCUGAAGAAGGCUUACAGGAAGCUAGCACUCAAAUUUCACCCUGACAAGAACCAUGCCCCUGGUGCAACAGAAGCCUUCAAAAAAAUCGGCAAUGCGUAUGCUGUGCUCAGCAACCCGGCCAAGAGGAAGCAGUAUGACUUGACAGGUGGGGAGGAGUCAACAAGCUCAGGUCACGGCCAUGGGGGAGGAUUCGAAUUCCACAGGGGCUUCGAGGCAGACAUCACCCCUGAGGAUCUCUUCAACAUGUUCUUCGGUGGCGGCUUCCCUUCCUCGCACACAUUCACCAAUGGCAGGGCACAGUACAGUCACGAUCACGCUAACCAUAGUGGUCGUGAGAGACCGGACGAAAGAGGAGAUGGAGGUUUUUCCAUGUUCAUCCAGUUGAUGCCCAUCGUGGUGCUGAUCCUGGUGUCUAUUCUAAGCCAGCUGAUGGUGUCCACGCCACCAUAUAGCCUAUACUCCAGACCGUCAACUGGACAAACUGUGAAACGGCAGACCGAGAACCUGCACAUAGAUUACUAUGUAACCAGAGAUUUCAAGGCGGAGUACAAGGGAUCAGCACUACAGAAGGUCGAAAAGGACGUUGAAGAAGACUAUAUUGCCAACGUAAAAAACAACUGCUGGAAAGAAAGGCAGACAAAAACGGACCUACUGUACGCCGCCAAGGUCUACAGGGAUGACCGACUGCGCAGGAAAGCUGAGCUCAUGAACAUGGAAAACUGCAAAGAGCUGGAAAGACUGACUGACUUGUUCCGUGGGGGAUGAGCCUGCUCUUCCUGGACUAAUAAAAUUGCGUGUGUGUAUGUAUACAUACAUAAAUACGCACAUUUUUUAAAAAAAAAAAAAAAAAAAAGAACCAUGAAAAUAGAGGAAAAGUUAUACAGACCUAAGAAAAUACUAGAUGAAAACAUUAGCCUUGUUCAUCUAGACUGACCUAUCCCUGAUUCCUUCUCCCUGGAAACUGCCUUGCUGCACCUCCAUGAAUCGAAACAAAGAUCAACUUCCGGUUCCUAUGGAGCACUACCAAUGUGUUUUUCUGUAAUAAUGUUUUUUCCUUUACUUAGGAUGGGUUACCUUUGUGAGGGGGAAGCGAUCAAGACCGUGAAUUAGCUUUUAAGGCACAGUGUUGUGUACAAGAAAUCACAGCUCUCUUCUAUAUUUGUUUGGUGUACUUGCUAAAUGUCAUGUUGAUAUUUUUUCCUGUGUUGUAUAUGUUUUCUUACCAUUUUUGGACAAGUUUUGAAGGAAUGCUGCCUUUCUAGACAGACUUUUCAGAAAGAAAUGCUCAUUGUAGCCUGUAAGCCUAAAACACUGAAGCUGGGAGCCUUGUUAAUAAAGAACUAUUCCGUAGCAAAGGAAAACAUUGCAUAUUAAGAUUUGGGCCUAGUUGCCGUAUCUUUGAUCUCCAUGGAAGAUGCAGAUUGAAACCAUAUUAAUUGUGUAAAUAUUUUAAUUCUGAAUGUUUGAUGCGGCAGAGGAGUUAUUUAAAUAUUAAGAUAAUGAGGUAGAUCUUCAUUGCCUGACAAUUUGAAUAAAGUUGGUAAGUUA